AAACUGUAAUUAUUCAGGAUUGGCAAUACUUGCCCUGGUACAGAAUGUAUUAAUGAGUUAAGAAUAUAUGCAAAGUUUUAUAUAUAGAAAACUAUUCCUGGAUAGUUUUCUUUAAGUAGUAUUUCUUGAUGUUACUUUUAUUUUCCAUUUUAGCUGGACAAUAUACAUUCAAUUUCCUACAAUAAUUUUUUUUACAAAGAUUUAGGCUUAUCUAUCACUGACUAAAAUAUUAGCAAUGAAAAAUAUGACAUGCUUUAACAUAUGGGCAUUUAAUUCAGUCAUCACCAAUCAACAAUUAAAUCAGCCAUUAAAUCAAAAGGGUUAUACGAGGGUGACUCAGUUGGUUAAGUGGCCAACUUCAGCUCAAGUCAUGAUCUCGAUGUCUGUGAGUUUGAGCCCUGUGUCAGGUUCUGUGCUGACAGUUCAGAGCCUGGAGCCUGCUUCUGAUUCUUUGUCUCCCUUUCUGGCCCCUCCCCCACUGGUGCUCUGUCUCUAUCCAUCUCUCGAAAAUAAAUAUUAAGAAAAUUUUUAAGAAGGGUUAGAUGAUAGGAAAGUCAAAGACAGUCACUUCAACAACCUUCCAGGCAGGUAAAAGACAAGGAAGGAGACGUUCACAAAUGACUAGGCCAUAGGAAGCAGAAAUUAUGACUGGUUAAAGGCUUUACUUUUGAGGUGGAAAUGCAAUUGAACAGAGGAUCAAACUAUCCAAUGCAAUCAUGUAAGUAAUGUCAAUGGUAAGUAAUCUCAUAGAAAUGAAAUCCAGGCUGUGAAGACGACCUCAAGAAAAAGGAAAUAGACCAGACAGUAGGGAGAUUUAAACAACAGGCUCUCACUUCUGUUAGUUAUGAAUAAGCAAAAUGUUACAUAUUGGUGUCCUCUAGUUGUGGGGGUCAGAAUUCGCAUGCUUCUUUCUCCCCAACUCCUCACCCAGUAUCCUGCCCCCAUUCCAGAAAUAGACAUAUUAAUGAAUCAAUCUCAUUCUCGUUCUGUUAAUGGAGCUGCCUUUGAAUCAUACAGGAUACUAUUCACACUUUAUUCAGGGUGGAGUCUAAUUUUUUCUCUACAUUUUCCUUCAGGAAAUAAUCAUGGGUGCCCAAAAGACUGGCUGCUGAACCAAGGGAAAUGCUACAGGUUUUCAAUGCCUUCCAAAACUUGGAAUGAGAGUCAACAUGAUUGUGCAUACCUACAGGCACAUUUACCGGUGAUCCAAAGUUUGAAAGAGCUGGAGUUCAUACAGAAGAGUUUAAAACCUGGAAAUCCUGCUUGGAUUGGACUAUAUAUUGCAUCCCCAGGAAAACAAUGGAUGUGGAUAAAUAAACACCUUUUUGUGGAAGAAAACAAUUUUCUCAUGAUUGGACCAACGGAUCACACAAGCUGUGCUGUCACAACAAGAAAUCAGGUGUAUUCUGAAGACUGUAACUCCAACUUUAAUGGCAUUUGCCAAAGAGACGCAGUCUGAACAACAAAAAAAAAACUGUGCAUUUAAACAAAGAUUUGAAGCAAAUGCAUAUGGAUAAUAGUGCCUAUCUUUUUUUUUUUUUUAGCAGAAUGCAAAUUUGUUUCCUUUCUAUACUACUAAAAAAAAAAAUUCGACUGAGGAAAUUUAAAGAUAUAAUUGGCAUUAUUCAAUGAUUCAUGAACUGGGUAGCAUCCCAGCAAGUAAAAAAAGAGCUCCAAUGAGCUACAGAGAAGAAAAGGUUUUUUAAAGGCAGACAGGGGUGACAGAAGGAAAUCAGAAACAAUAAAAAGAUUAUUUGGGGCAAGGUCCCCUUUCUUUGGGGCAUGAAAAUGGGCCAUCAGGUGGAUUGACUUAUUAGGGUUGACCAGAACAUUCUUGACUGACCAGUUAAGAUUGUAUUCUUGGGGAGAUCAAAACUGCAGUUAGAUUAGGUAUUAAGUUUUGGUUUCAUGACAGGUGCUUAGCAUGAAUGACUCCAUUUUGGGCCUGUUGUCUCUAUUUUCACAGUACAAACAUAAAAUUUUCAAAUAUUCCAUAUAGAAAUAAUACUUCAAAAUAAGGAAAUAUAACUUAUUUUUAAACAAGAAAACACUCUUUCCUAUUGUUUCAAUGUCUAAAAAGAUAAUUAAAUUUCAACUUGUAAUCCUGCCUUAUUCGUUGUCUGUGUCCUAUUGGGUUUGAAAUCCUGAGCAUUUGGUGAAGAAAUAGCCUAAGCAGACAGAUAUACCGUUUUUUUUUCUUCAUGGUGGGCCUUUUCCCCAAGGUUGUUUUUCAAUUUUUAUCAAAAAGAAAUCAAACUUUCAACUGGUGAUAAAGUACUCAGAUGUUGUAAGCAUGAGACGUCUAUUUGAGGUAAUACACAAUCUUGUUUUCAACGUGAUUCCACAAUUUAUUUUCCCUUAAUUAAAUUUAUAUUAAAAUUAUUAUGCUAUGAA